AUGAAGACCGUGGAGAGCGACAUGGCUGCCCUACAGCUUAAUAACACGUCCACGAACGACAUCAGUGUCCGCGGGAUGCCGUCUGUAGCGGAGAUCUCGUCUAUCUCGGAGAAGAUCCCGCCGCCGGUCACUAUCAUUGGCCACGACAGCGAUGUAGACGACGACGACGACGACAUUGCGGGUCUCUUGCUGAGUAUAUUGGCCGAGGAGAUGUCUCAGAAGAAGCGCAAGCGAAACCUGAAGAGCGCUGGACCCAGUACGACAGGUGUUCGUCAUCGGAAGGCGCUGGCGCUGGCGUUACCGGAUGGCGAACAGAAGCGGGAGAAGAAUCGCGACUCGGUCAAACGCUCGUACUAUCGCAAAAUUGAGACGCUUGAUGAAUUGAGAAAACACGCUGAAGAUCUGCGGGAGCAGUACAUGGAACUGUUGACUCAAUGGGAAGACAAAACCGAGAAAGAGAGGGCCGAGAUCGCUCAUUCCCCGUCAAGUUUUAUGCGAAGUUACUUGGAACUUGCCAGGCUGCGUGAUCGACUUUGGAUGGAGAACACGCAGCUCCACGAGCAGUUUGAGGAUCGUGAAAAAAUCACGUAUCGUUUUCAGCGACUCUUUGACGUCAACUACCAGCUCAUGAACCACUCGUUUGCAGCACCGACGAAAAAAAAGACGCCGAGCGUCGAUGCACAACGCACGUUUGAAACUUUUCUUGCGAGUCGCCAUUGCAUGGUCACGACCGAGACGGCACUUGGAUGGACUUGUUCCCACGUGGCCAAAGACAACUCGUUUGGCUACUACUUUGAGAAGCACUUUCAGCGCGAUAUGUACAAAAGUGUGUCGGAAGUUGUGCGCACAGCAUGGCAAACACUCACAUCACCUGAGAGACACUCGAAGCUGUACGCGCCGGCACUGCACACGCGAUUUCACAUCAUGCAGCAGUUUGACAACAACAGCUACGUGUUGUACCGUACAAUGGAGAAGGAGGGGGAGGACUCGAUCACUACGGCGCUUAUCAUUAUGUCGCGCAUCCCACAUCCAAAUUACUCGGGCUGCCUCAUCAUCUGCAAGGGUCUCCGCCGUGAGGAACACACGCUACAUGUGGAAUUUAGCGAAGCCAUCGCGUUGCAGAAGAAGAAGGAGUGGCGACAAUCGAUGUACUGGCUCAAUAUCGAGGAAGUACGCGUCGGCGACAAGAAUGGUGCGAGUCACGAUGGUCUGAACGGGAUAAAGAAGAUGCUAAAGGUUGUACACGGCGGCAUCAUGAACAACAUGGGCGAUCGUAGUCGCUCGUUUUGGCUGUUUCAGAAUCUCCAGAUUGCCUUGCGAUGGGAGCAGAAUCUUGGUCUAGGUGAAUCGCUGGGCUGA